AUGCCACGAAACCGCCAAACCUCUACCCAAAACUCUGCUGCUUCCAGCAGCCGCCGUCCCCAAAUUUCUGCACCUAUUCUUCAAUCUGAAAACUCGUUCUCAUCUCGAUUUGGCCCGUUGGCUUCCGUGAGAGACACUGGCUCGUCGGCUAGUACUUCCGCUCCAACCGCGGAGGAACAAUCCUCGCCGUCGCAAGAAGCGUCAACGAGGUCGGCCCCUGCUAGGAGAGACAAUCGCAGGCAUGGGAUGCAACUUCCCUCCUCUGCUUCUGCUUCUGCUUCCCGCAAUCAACAGCCAUUCAGGGGUAAUGCUGAGGACAGCGACCAAUCUACAGAAUUCGAGGAAGACUUCUCUUCUUCUUGUGACUCUUGUAGUGAGGAUGAUGACGAUGCUCGUAGACGAGAGAGUGGAUCGAUUGUGAUAGGCGUUGAGACGUCCAUGUCUCGAUUAGGAAUCCGUGGGAACUCUGGAUCUCAGAACGGGGAUGACAGUGGUAGUGAAUGCGCCGGCAGCUGUAGUAGUAGCGGUGAAGAGUGCAGUGAGUCGGAUAGUGAGGAAGAAUAG